CUCACCCACUCACCGCUCACCUCGUCACCUAAGCCAACAGUACGGAUCUACAAAUUUCCUUCAUGAGCCGAAAAGAGGCUAUGAGAAGCGCACAGAUUUUCGCCCUUCGAUCAGAAGACCAUCUCGGAACCUGCAAAGAGACUCCUCCGUGUAGGUAACCAUUUGUCGGCCAUCGCCAGCGUGGUUAAAAACGGAUUGUCGACCAUUUUGAAACACCCUUCAAGAAUCGGCACCUUUCUACGGGAGUACAGUACAGCGAGCACAUGACCCGGCAGGUGUAUCUACUGGAAGCCCGAAACCCAGGCCUGGUGCUAAGGUAUUCUCAGAGACGACAAACCUAUGGCUUGCCCUUCGCGGUCAGCUGGGUGCCAGCAUACAAAAGUCCUGCAAGCCGGGCCAACUCGUCUCAAGGUCUUGAAUCGGUGGACCAUUGCUUGCUCAAAUCGGAGACGUUUGAAGCUCGAGUCCCAAAGAGCAUUCGUCCAGUGUUAGUAUUUCCUUUAUUCUCUAAAGUCCUCUAGUUCGAUGCAGCAUCAGUUCCCCGGACAAAAGUCUAACAAUCCUCGGCAUGUCGACUGCCCAUCGAGUCAGUCCUGAUUUGCAAUCCAACGGCUUUUUCGGGAACUGACCCUUCGGUCGACCCCGCUAAUGCAAAAGGUCGCUUCAGCGGAAUGUUUACCCCAUACAUCCCCCAUACUAACUCGGCAAUCUUUGUGGACGACGAGCGGGGUCUAGCUUGAGUCAGAAACACCUGACAUCGAACAACCGCGGCGACGAUUGACGUAGUAGUACUUAAGCGGGCCACUGGCAAUCUGUACCAAAUGCAACUUGAAACACAAAGAAGCCCACGCCCAACAUGCAUCGCGAAGGCAUCAAGAGAAACAAGAUCAAUCCCUACAACAUCCUCAUCCUGUGCUUCCUAGGCCUCGGGUCCAUGACCUAUGGAUACACAGCUAGUAUCAUAGGUACAACCCUAGGUCAACCCUCGUUCAUCGAGUACUUUGACCUAGCCACCAGGAACAAUGGCACCGACCUGAUUUCCACCAUGAACGGCCUCUUCCAGACCGGCGGCGUUAUUGGCACCUUGAUUCUUCCCUACAUCUCCGAUCGCUGGGGCCGGAAAUGGGGCAUCGCCGCUUCGGCGAUCCUCUGCGUAAUAUCCGGCGCCUUUCUUGCCGGAAGUACCAACAUUGGCGAGUUCAUCUUCUUCCGGUUCAUUGCAGGUGCCGGCGCAUUCAUGAUUCUUGCCGCCGUACCCAUCUGGAUGAACGAAGUCGUACCGGUAGACCUUCGAGGCGGUCUCGUCGACAUCCACGCUGUCUGCCUCCUGUUUGGUUAUACAGUUCAGGGCUGGGUUGGCUUUGGCUUUUAUUUCUGGGAUGGAGGCAGCAAGACAUGGCGUCCACCUCUGGCCCUUCAAUGUGCUUGGCCCUUGAUGCUCCUUGCCGGUUUGUAUUGGAUCCCCGAGUCUCCGCGCUGGCUGGUGAUGAAAGACCGCCAUGAGGAAGCCAAGGAGAUUCUCAAGAAGCUUCACUCGUCACCAGGCGACCCGGAUGAUACUUUUGCCAGUACCGAGUACUAUCAAAUCAACAAGCAGAUCGCAAUCGAUCGAACACUGGGAAGCUCGUGGAUGCAUAUGAUUCGGAAGCCUUCGUACCGCAAGAGGUGCCUCCUUGCUCUGGGUACAACGGGUAUUGUCCAAUGCUCGGGAGUUUUGGUUAUCAACAAUUAUGGCCCAACUCUCUACGCCACCCUGGGCUUCAGUCAAGUCAAGCAGCUCCUGUAUCCUGCUGCAUGGCUGACGUUUGCACUUGGUCUAAAUGCUAUGGCCAUUUUCCUUGUCGACUUGUUCCCCCGAAACAAAUACAUCGCUUUUGGGGUCCUGGGAUGUAUGGCCACGCUGAUCGUAGAAGCCGCCCUCGUGGCCAACUUUGUACCGUCGGACAAUGAGAGUGCCCUGCAAGCUGCAGUUGCAAUGUUCUUUGUCUUCCAGGUCUUCUACGGCUUAUGUCUGGAUGGGACACAAUUUUCCUACCUGGGAGAAAUCUUUCCGACCCACCUUCGCGCCAAAGGAGUCUCACUGGGCGUUGCGAUGAUCUCCCUGAUGAACAUUGUCUGGUUGCAGUCGGCGCCCACGGCAUUCGCCAACAUUGGAUGGAAGUUCUACCUCGCAUUCAUCAUUCCAGGCAGUAUCGGCGGAGUUGUGAUCUGGAUCUUUUUCCCGGAUACUCGAGGUAUGCCACUCGAAGAGGUUGCCGCAAUCUUCGGCGACGCAGACGAAGUGGCUGUCUAUCAACGCGAGAUCGAGAUCGACGAGACCACGCAUACAGUGAUCAGUCACCGUGCUGAGCCUGAAAAGCCAGAGGCUACCAAAGCCAUCGAGACGGUCUGAAUGAAUGCUUGGGCGUGAAUGGGUCGGGUGUUUAGUGAGAAGCGUACAAUGGAUACUUUUGCAUGAUAGCUUGGACGGGCCCAUUCAACGGCAAGAAGAGUGUCAACCAAUGUAGCUCGAUAGCUCUCGUCGACGUGGCAAAUGCCUAAUUGUUCUCCAUCCGUG